AUGCCACGACUGGGCCCCGCGUGCCUGACGUGCAGAGAAAAAUGCCGGAAAUGCGACCGCGCUCGUCCGGCCUGUAAUCGUUGCAUCACCAAAGGCCUGGACUGCGGGGGAUAUCCGGAACAGUUCCGGUUCUGUGGUAUCGCCAGUCGCGGGAAAUGGAAAGGAGCCCAGGCUCCAGUAGGCGAUCGAAAUGCAAGAGUACGCUCCGGACGAGUUACUCGACAGCAGACCCGGGAGUCGUCGACUGCGGAGCCGGUGUCGGGAGACACUUCGAAGUCUUCGGAGCAAACACAAACAUCUUCAACCUUGGUGAGGCCAAUCGAGAGCCCGCAGAAUCCGUCGGAUGAAAUCGUGCGGAUCCUCGGUCUGGCCGAGACCGAGACUCUUCUCUCACACUAUGAUAGCUUCAUUUGUCCGCAUCAAAUCUCAGGGGUUGGGGAUGACGUAGAUAAUCCUUACCGAUCCUAUAUCCUCCCGCUGGCCCGGCAGCAAAUAGGGUUACUCUAUGCCGUGCUGGGCCUGUCUGCAGCUCAUCUUGGCAAGUUGACUGACAAUUCUGCGCUUCAUGACACCACGGCCGUCGAAUAUCGCCUCAGAGCGAUUCGUGCGUUGAGUAAGGAGAUUCGACGAAGCCAGAGCGAGACUUUGCUUGCGGAUGAGCAGGAUGCUGUGCUGGCUAUCAUUCAGAUUCUGCUGCUUCACGACAUCGCGGAAACUGGGGUCUCAAGUCACGGAAUUCACAUUACAGGGGCCAUGUCUGUGUGCAAGAGACUGUUAAUUGCCGAGGGGCUAAGUGGACAUCGCCAGCGGGCAGUGUUUUUCCUAGGGAACCUGGCCUGGUCCGUCCUCACGAUAUCUUUGAUGCGCCAAAUCGGCUGA